AACCUGUUUGUCAUCAAAAAGGUACCUACUCCAUCUAGAUAGCUUGUCAAUUUGUGAACUUGUCCGCAUGCUGCCAACUUUACACUAACUCUUCUCAUUGCUAUAUAUGGUGAUACUCUGUUGAUUUUUUGCUUAAUUCUGUGUUCUUUGUGGACGAAAACAUAUUGUAGGUCUGGAUGGAGCCAGUGUUCUCGUCUGCGAACUCUCCAAAGCCCAUCAUCCCUUAUCAGACGGCGCGCGUCAUCUUCUUUGGAAUUGCGGCGCUGCACUCGCACGCAAGCCAGUUUUACCGCGAGAUGGACUUUGUACUUGGCAGCUUCGAGCGCAACCAGAGCUUCGGCGAGGGCAGUGCCGACGACGGCAUGCGAAUUGGCACGCUAUUCCGAACCAACGACCGCCACUGGAAUGAAUUUAUUUCCUACGUUCGGAACUACGGAACGGCAGUCAACUGUCUCAAACAGCUCCAGGAUUACAAGCCGUACCAGAAGUAUCAUGAGGAGUGUAUGAUUCAAAAGCGCACUAACAGGCAGUCACUAAAGGACCUACUGAUGCUGCCCAUUCAGCGUAUCACCAGGUACACGCUCCUGCUAAAAAACAUUCUCAAGCACACCCCGGCCGUACACAGCGACCACAUCGAGCUCUGCCGCGCAGUUAAAAACGUCACGCAUCUUGCAUCUAUUGUCAACGAGUGUCGCCGCAAACAGGAGGAGAUGCACCGUUUGAUCGAGAUCUUUCGAACUAUUGAGCGGUGUCCGCCGCUGCCACACUCUGACUCGCGAACCUACAUUUCAGAGUUUGUCGUACGCGAGCUGAUUUCGCGCCAGCCCACGCGCCUGCUGCUGUUUACCGACAUGGUCAUUGUUACGCAGGCACCUCUGCAGACAAAGGUGGACUCUGAAGGCCAAGUCGACGCCAUUGUCGAGUGGUCGUAUCAUGGCAUUGCCCAGCUUGACCAAGUCGAAGUGCAGAAUGCUGAUGAGAGCAUAAACACGCUGGUCACCAUUUUGUCUUUGAACCGCAAUGCGACGUCCAUCAAUACCGCUGGCGCUGCAGCCAGUUCUGGGUCCUCUCGCCGGUCGUUACCGCCUGGGCCCGAGCCACCACUGGCCCCAAGCAGCGCGUCUGGAUCGCGUGUCUUUGUAACAACCAGUUCCCAAAACAGCAUUUCGGACCUAGGUGAGACCGCCGAACUGCGUAACCGAGCCAGCGCUGGCAGCCAGGGGCACGGCUAUGGAAACAGCCUCAGCACGCAUAGCAACUCGGCUCUUUCUGACAUGGCGCCCGCAGACGCAGCCAACACCAACGCUGGCAACCGAAAGAAGCGAUCGCGCGGCCGCAAGGGGCUUUUACGGGCGAAUUCGCGUGAUAGCAUUCCCGAACACAUUGUUGCGCUCUCGCACUCGACAUUUCCAAGUCCAGUGUCGUCUCCCAUGCAACUCAACUUAUCGGCAUCGCGGCUAAACCAUCCGGCAAAUAGCGGCAUGAACGAUAUGGCCGCCGAUAAGGACAGCGUCACUGCGCACCUUCCACAACAGCACCAGCAACGGCCCAAGACGUCAUCUGGGUAUUCAGGGACUCCUUCCUCGAUGAGUUUGCAUCAUACCGGCCUGCCUCACAGCAGCAACAAUACAAUGACCAACUACAGCAUUUCGCAUUUUGCCGACGUGGUCCCGUCGCUGCAGACCCACCAUUCGUCCGACACUCUGCCCUUUGGUGGGACUGGCUCGGUGCCGCCCAUUGUUUUUGGCCGCACUGACAUUCCCCUUCCCGAUUCAGUCCACCUCACGCUUGUCAUGCAGCACCCAUCAUCUGCCGCGCGCAAGCAGUUUGUCCGAGCGCUUAAAGAUGCGACAGCAAAGUAUGCCCGUGACAUUGCCGAUAGUAACGAGGGGACAGCUGCCUCCAAUGACGCGCCGCCGCCCGACGCCAACAAUAAUGCGAUUAACCUGCACCCGCUCUGACAGUCCUCAAAAGUAGCAACUGUUUUUUCACGUUGAAUACAUUUAUCCUGUUAUUCUUUGGAUUAUCUCUACAUGGCAUUUUAGAU